AUGGCAUCGGGUUUUGGUUUUGGCGGAGGUCCAUCGCGGUGCUUCGGCUACUGGCGGGAGUUCGCCAAGUGCUAUGCCUCGGCUGAUAGCCCGUCGCAAUGUCGCGUUCAAGCAGAUGACUAUCUUGAGUGCCUUCACCGUACGCAGGAGAUUGCCCGCGCAAAGGCGGUAAAGGCAGAGUUCAUCCGGAAGGCUGAGCACCAGGCUCACGAGGGCCGCAAGGUAGCGGAUAUACUUGCGGACGGCGUUAUAGUUGGCGUUGGCCUUAUACAACGUGAUCAGGGAGACUCUAAAAACUAGGAUGGCUCCAAAUACAGUUCAACUAGAAUUCUGCUCCUUUGCGCUCCACAGCUCUCGUCAGAUUCUGACUCUACUGCGUGUCGAACAUUGUGCGCUCUGGGUGUGCUAGAGACGCUAUGGCGGACGGCAUUUCAAAGCUUCAAGCAUAACGACUUCACGUUCCUCUGUAUAUCCUCCAUUUUGUUUGCAACAUGGGAUCGUUCAAAGCGUGGUCCUUGCCAGCUAUUCUGCCUGGCGAACGCGUGCUCUCGCCU